AUGUUAAUGGCUCACCUUAGAGAAAAUGUUUGGAUAUUGAAGUCUAGGAAGACCAAAAGAAAUGUCAUCAGAAAAUGCAUCAAAUGGUGGGAGCGACUAGUACGUAUGGUCAAAGAAAUCUUAAGAAAAGUACUAGGUCGCACCUCUUUGAAUUAUGAAGAACUGAACACAAUUCUUUGUGAUUGUGAGCAAGUCAUCAAUUCCCGUCCAAUAACCUAUGUAACCGAAGAUAACAAAGAUCCAUCCCCCUUGACACCCAUGAUGAUCUUGCAAGAUUUGCCUUCCUAUGGAGUUCCUGAUAUCGACAACAUUGAUAAGAGAGCCAAAUAUUGGCAGAGAAUUAGAGAUGAUCUUCGAAGAAGAUUUCGAAUUGAGUACUUAGGUCAACUACGAUAUCAAGCCUCAAAGGACAAGAAGAUUGAUCAACUUACAGUUGGCGACGUAGUUUUGUUUGAAGACAUCAACAAGCGUCGAAUCCAUUGGCCAUUAGCUAAGAUCCUUGAACUGUUGCCUGGAAAAGACAAAGUUGUGAGACUUGCCAAAGUUAAAACUGAAAAUAGAACAUUAAAGCGCUUGUUUUCUCUUGAGAUAAGUGAGCCAAACACUAAUCCAUUUCUCUUUCCAGCUUCUUCCUUUACAGAUUCUCCUAGCACUUCCUCUGAAUUGAUGCGACCUGCCGCCAGUGUAUCCAGAGCCGUACCCUAUGUAACCAGAUACGGCAGAGCCGUCAAACCCAUUGAUAAAUAA